CAGCUUCACUUGGUUGGUCUCUGUCAGCCAGGUUGUAGAAUGUUCUGUGGAAGAAAAGCCGAUGGUCUUCAGCGGUGACUUAGACCUGAUCCCCGGUCAAGCCAAUCCGUGACACUGACUGGUAACUGCACAGCUGUAAAAGAGCCAUUUACUGAUGUCAUAUCAGGUCACCAAGAUUGAGCAGGAUUCGGGAUGAUCCACAGUUCAUCUUGUACCUGAAGCAAGUUUUGAUGAACUAGUAGACUGAGUUGUGCCUAUUCCUACCUUCACUGUUAGCACAACCUGGGGUUUUCGUGCCUAAUCUGAAGUUAAACUGUACGGAUGAAAUAAGUUAUCAACGAUGCACGUGUGCAGAAGAAUCCUCCUCCUCAACCUGAGGAAAAUCCUGCUCUUCGUCCUUUUCGUGGGGACGUCCACCUACACGUAUCUCGCGGCGACUUUCCCUUACGAGGAACCGACUGACUCGAAGAUUCUAAGCCGGAUGCUCCAAGAUGUCCGAAGCCCCAGGGAUAAGAGAGAAGUCAUCUCAGAGAAACUCCAAGAUCAAAAAUCUGUUUCGAAGCUGAUCAUCAAAGAUGUAGAAGUCGAGCAGUCUGAUGAAGUAGAUCCACUAGAGUAUAUAUUUGGCGGUUUUCAAGACUCGUCUGUGACUACGUCAGCCCGUCCGCGGACAAGCAAGAAACCACCACCAAAGGCAGAAGCGCCGCCAGCGGCUGAGAAGCGAACUGCAGUCAUAGUCAUGACCCAGAUGAGGAGCGGCUCCACGUUCGUGGGUGAGAUUUUCAACCAGCAUCCUGAAGCCUUCUACUUCUUCGAACCGGUUUGGGCGCUGGAAUACAACAAAAACAAAGCCUACAACAGCUCCAAGUGGCAACUGAAACUACUGGAAGGGCUGUCAAAAUGCAGGUUUGAACCAAUUCGUGACAUCAUGCAGUUUUACCUCACCACGAAAGAACUGGGCGUGAUGAAGACGUGCAAAGCCAUAGACAAAAUGUGCGACGGCUACAGGAACAAAACGGCGAUGUGGCCAGGCAGAUGCCCGAUCCCUAACGACCAGUUCACGGAAAUUCUAGAGAUGAAUUGCAUCAAGAACACCUUCACGGCCAUCAAGACCAUACGACUGAACGACAUCACGCUUUUCAAGCCGCUUACAGAAGAUCCUGAGUUGGACUUCAAGAUUAUCCAGUUAGUUCGAGAUCCGCGGGCGAUUAUUGCGUCAAGACUUGCCCUGGUAAAGAACAACGUUUCCGUCACAAACCAACUGCACGACGACGUCGACAGGACCGAAGUACGAGCUGUCUGCAACUGGAUGACGACAAACAUGCAACCUUACCGAGAGAAAAGAGAAUGGCUGCGCAAGCGGUACGCUUUGGUUCGAUAUGAAGAUGUUGGCUUGGACCCUAUCACCACAAUGGCCAGAUUCUACAGGUUAAUAAACAUACCAAUGUCUAGAGAUGUCUCCAAAUGGCUCGGCAGUCACACCAAAACGUCCAAAAAACUCAAGGACAGAAAAGAUCCGUUCGGAACCAAAAAAGACUCGGAGAAAACCGCGAACGAAUGGCGGACACGGUUAAGUUUCCAACAGGUUGAAAUCAUCCAAUCAGAAUGCAAGGAAGCGAUGACGUUGUUCAACUACAAAUUUGUGGAGUCGAAUGAAGAACUAAAAGACAUAUCUGUCAGUCUGUACAAGAAAAGACCGCCUCUACUUUUCUAGAUAUCUUUUUCUUGUAUGUAGGUGUUCUUCAAACGAAUAUCAGGCGAAUUCAAAAUGAACCUGUACUUUUCCUUCUGGAACGUGUAGGUGACUUCAAAUCAUUGGUUGUAUAUCUGAUGUAAAAUAUGGUAGCAAAUAUAUCCCCAUGUAUUGUAUACCUAUCCAGCGUGGCCACGGUCAAAGUUUGUAACCGGCCUGCACGUGUUCAAAGAACACAUUUCAAUUAGAAUUAUUGUAAGGAAUGUGGAAAGUCAGUAAGUGUAUGAUAUUCAACCAAGAACUUUACCUGAAAUAUGAUAACCAAGUUACUACGUGGGCGAAAUAAUAUAUUUUCA